GAAUUCCACAGCAGCUCGCCUGCGGGUGCCUCCCCUCCUCCUCCAAAUCGGGGCACGGUGCCUCUGUGGUGACUCCUGCUCCGUUCUCGUGCACGCAGUAACUGGGCAAACAUUACCAUGCCAUCGCCUACAAAACAAGGAGAGACAGACCGGUCCCCAGCUACCGAGGCCGAGCCAUUGCUUUCUCGCGUGGACAGCAUCGAAUCCUGGGGUCUAUCCAACCCUAGUGACGCCAUCCCCACUACGCGCCACCAACCUAUGCGCCAUCAGCUUUCAGACCCGAUCACUGGGCCAAGCAAAGGAUGGCGCGAUCGCCUCUCCAAUAAAAGUAACAUUGAGACGUGGACUUUUCCUGGAUGGGGCCGGUACAAUUUACAAAUGACUGUGACGGACGAGGAGCUUGCGGAGAUCGAGGCUGAUAUGGACCAACAGCAGCCUCCGAAACUGAAUCAAUGGGAGGCAACAGCCAUCUGCGGAAACGACAUCAUGGCCAGCUGCUUUUACGUGGUUGGCCUUGUGACUAUGUCCGCAGGCAAGAUGGCGCCGCUCGCCUUGCUCUUGGUAUCCUGCGUCUUGUAUUUAAUCAGGUUUCUGUACGCUGAGGCCAUCACCGCCCUUCCCAUGAACGGCGGUUCUUUUAACGUGCUUUUGAACAGCACCAGCAAAGGCAUCGCAUCCUCCGCCGCCACCCUGGCUCUAGUGUCCUACAUUGCCACGGGGGUAGUCUCGGCCACGAGCGCUGUCGAUUACCUGAAGAAGGUAGUGUCGGUGCCGAACCCCUUACUUGCCAUCCUGGGUCUGCUCUUCCUAUUUGCCGUCCUGGUUUUCCUCGGGAUAAAGGAAAGCGCAGGCGUCGCCCAAGUCAUCUUCUGGAUUCACAUCCUCACCUUGACUUUGCUUUGUGCCUGCUCUAUGGUCUACGUGGUUGCGGACCCUUCCACUCUUCGCGAAAAUUUCCGGGCACCCUACCCGGAUGUUGAACUUGGUGGAGUGAUCCGCUCGGGAUCCUUUGCGACGGCGAUUUUUUUCGGCUACACCUCCGCAAUUUUGGGCGUGAGUGGCUUCGAGAGCAGCUCCCAGUUCGUUCAGUCCCAGGCCCCGGGCGUUUUCCUCAAGACUCUCCGAAACAUGUGGGUGGGCGCAUUCGUGUUCAACCCGACGAUUUCCUUCCUCUCCCUCGGGGUCUUGCCCCUGGCUCGGAUCGUGGAGGACGAGUCCGUGGUGCUGGCGAAAAUGGCCAAGCAUGUGGGA